AAAAUAAUAUUAAAAAAAAGAAAAGGAAAAUACAUAAAAAAUGUUAAAAAAAUCUUUCAAAAUUUAUAAACACUCUGUCGUUGUGCGGCUCACUUUGUUAUCAUUAAUAGGUCUAAUAUUACCGCUUUCGACAGAAGCGAUACAAACUGUUACGGGAGUUGCCCAAAUAUCAACUAACGUUAGUGGCUCAUCAUACUUAACACAAAAUCAAUUUCAAUUAUUCGAAAAUAGUUUAAAAUAUCUUAAGGACGAAUUAUGUCGACGAGAUUUAAAUGCAAUCUUACGGGGUAUCAUGGAUAAUGAGCAGUGGGCGAUUUCAAUGUAUGAUGCUGCAGUACAGCAAGCAAAUGGCAUUGAAAGCGGUAUUUUCUAUCACUUUGGUCAUUACGAUCAAUGCUUGAAACUUACACAAAAACAACAACAACAACAACAGCAACAACUACAACAAGAACAAGGGCAAGAGCAUUCAAAUAAUAAUUCAAUAACAAUAGUAGCAAAAUACUGUCUGGUCGAUGUCUUCAUAGACGAGCUGACAGUACAAAAUACCGGUUCACGUAAAAUACGACAGGACUCAUCGCCGCAAAACCAAACAACAGAACUGUUGAUACGUUGGGGUGCUUGUAUGCCAGCGAGUUGUGGUCCCAAUGAUAUCGCAAUUUUUGCAAAGCAUGCUCUGCAACGCAAAGUCAAUGUUAACGAUAAUAUGUGUCAAUUAUACAAACCUGAGUUGCAUAUAACAGCUGGCAUGUACACUUACGCUUUUGUCAUAUGUUUCUUUAUAUUUGUGACGGUCUUAAGCACUUUAUAUCAUACUUAUUUAUUAAGCUCGAAAACCGAUAAAGACAUAGUCGAUGUUGAGAAAUCUUCUGCCAAGCCUCAGCGAACGCUCGACGAGAUUUUAUUGACAUUUUCCCUAAUUGAGAAUUGUAGUAAACUAUUUCAGGCUAGUAAAGAUCAGUUGAGCUUAAAUUGUAUAAACGGUAUUAAAUCGUUGGCUAUGCUUUUGAUAUUAGCCGGCCAUGUCUUAAUAUUCAUCUACGGCAGUCCAGUCUACAAUGUGGAAUUCUUGAGUCAGAAUAUUAAAUCGCCUAUAUUCGCCUUUUUACCUAACUCAAUGUUAGUUGUGGAUGUCUUCUUAUUGCUAAGUGGCUUUUUGUUUUGCCGCAUUUUAUUGGUCGAACUGCGCCGACGUCAUGGGCAAAUUAAUGUUUUAGUUUUGUAUGUCGCACGUUGGAUACGCCUAACGCCCGCUUACUUGGUGACAAUUGGUUUUUAUAUGACCUGGUUUCCCAGUUUAGGCGACGGACCUCUCUGGCAACAGCGCAUCGAACGAGAACAGGAACGUUGUAUAUCAUCUUGGUUUUUAAAUAUAUUAUAUAUCAACAAUUAUUUUAACGUUGAUAAGCUGUGUAUGUUUCAAUCUUGGUAUCUAGCGGUGGAUUCGCAACUGUUCUUCCUGUCUCCGAUUAUUAUAUACCUGUUGAAUAGAUCGCGUAAAUAUGGCAUCAUUCUACUAAGCAUAACAGCGGUGAUCACAUCAAUUAUUCCUUUCAUAAUAAGUUAUACGAAGAAUCUAAGUCCGACUCUAAUGAUAUAUUCGAAUGAAGCUGAAGAUAUAAACAGUAGUUAUUACUAUAAAAAUUUUUAUAUUAAAACGCAUAUGAGAGCUUCAGCUUAUGUUAUAGGACUAUUUGUCGGUUAUUUGGUGCAUGAAAUGCAAGCCAGAAAUAUAAAGUUACCGUCGCCGAUAGUGCGUUUCCUUUGGUUAUUGGCUACAGUUAUCGGUUCCAGUUGUAUGUUAACAAUUUCACGUUUUUAUGCUUAUCCCUAUAAUAGAUUGGAGAGUUCUAUAUACGCUGGUUUCCAUAAAAUAGGCUGGAAUAUGUCAGUGGCUUGGUUAAUAUUAGCUGCGAGUACCGGUCAUGCCGGUUGGAUACAAAAAUUUUUAUGUCAUCGCAUAUUUGCACCGAUUAGCCGUUUAACGUAUUGCGCUUAUUUAUCAAACGGUAUUGUGGAAUUAUAUUAUUCCUCCAGUUCAAAAACUGCACCACAAAUCAGUUACAUCAGAGUGGUCGAUAGUGUAGUGAGUCACAUUAUCAAUACGUUUGCUGUGGCUUUAAUUUUAUGCCUGCUGUUUGAAUCACCUAUACACGCUUUGGAACGUAUACUGCUACGAAACUCUAAGGGUUCUCGAAAUCAUCAAAUUAGUGAAAAGAAAUCGAAUAAAAGUGAAAGUCCUCAUACCUCAGAAGAGCAGAUAGCGUAGUUUCCAAAAAAAAGCAUUCAAUCUACCUAUCAUAAAAGUAUAUAUAGACGACGUACAUAUAUGCCAAAUCAAUAUAAGAUUUUGAAACAACUAAGACUUGUUGGUUAAAUGAUUUUAAGUGUAGUACAUAAAAGUGUAGAAUAAAUAAAAUAUAGCACGUA